AAUACAUGUCCCUUAACAUCUUUUGCCAGUUUCAAGAUAACUUUAGUACAUGGAUACAACCAUGAGAUUAGUGUUACUUGCUGUUUUAGCUAUAUUAGUUCACGAUGGAACCUGUGCAAUGUCAGAUGCUCAAGUAAAAGCCACUAUGAAACUCCUGAAAAAUACUUGCAUGUCGAAAAGCAAAGCAACAGAAGAGCAAAUAAAUGCUAUGCACGAUGGAGACUGGAACCAAGACAAGCAUGGCAAAUGUUAUCUGCAAUGUAUCUUGGCUAUGAAUAAAUUUCAAAAGGCUGAUAAUACAUUAGACUGGGAGGCGGGUGUUAAAAUGAUGGAAGCCCAAGCACCACCAAGUUUUCGCGAUCAUGCCAUUACCACUUUGAAACAUUGUAAAGAUGCAGCGCAAACUUUAAACGACAAAUGUACAGCCGCUUAUGAAAUUGCCAAAUGUGUAUAUGAUUAUGAUCCUGAGAAAUACUACUGGCCUUAAUGAAACACCCAAUACUAUUUAUGAAUAAAUGCUUGAAAACAAACUGUGACCACCUAGAAUAUUAUGAAUAUCGCUAAUAAAGAAUAUUAUUUUAUC